CUACUCUGUUGUGGGAGUAAAAGUUCGUCACACAGACGAACAGAUUAUUCAGAAAUAUUUUAAAUCCAAAGAAUUUGUUGAUAAAACUUUGAAAUUCUUGAUCGAAGAUAAGCGGACGUUGUUGUGACAGGAGGCCUUUCUAAAAUAAUUUUUUUUGGGUAGCCACAAAUUACAAAUUUAGUUUACAUAUUGAUUCAGUUUCAACUCAGUUUCGUCGAAAACAUUUGGAACUUCUAAUUUGGCUUUGUAUGAAGAAGACGACAAUAAAUAAGUCCAGCUGCUACACUGUUUGAAAAGAAAAGUUUAUUUUGCUUUAAGUUUGCUUCUCUCAUAGUAGUGAGUUAGCGAAUUGCUUGUCAAGUUGUCAAGCAUAUAUCGUCAAGUAUAAUCGAUCCUGCUGGACGACGAGACCCCUUCUCGUGUCAUUUUCCGUGCUGCGGCUGCUAUUGCUUAUGUGAAAUUUGCUGCUGAAAGAAUGUCCAACCCCGAAGAACCCGAUUUGCCUGUCUCAUCCUCAUCUUCCAUCUCUUUGCAGAGAAUUCUUAGUCCCAGGGGCACUCCAGUGGAUACGAAUCUUGUCCAGGUCAACGCAAGAAGUAAUAAUAUUUACAAGCUUGUGACCCCCGAAAGUCAGAGUAGCAAAUCUCUGCUGAGCGCAUCUCAAGAAAAAAGUGAUUCAUCUGUAGCGAAGACGGACAAUGUUCAUGAAACAAAUGGUAAUCAAUCUAACCAACAACAUGAGCAAAAGCAGGAGGAUGGAGUGUUGGACCGUGGGUCGACUAGUAUGAAACCAAAGUCGAAACGACCCAAGCCAAAACAAGUUACAGCCUCUGCUGCAAUUUUAGAAGCCAAAAAGAACGCACAAGCUCAAGCUAAACGAGUUACGAGGAGUAGUAGUGGAAGUACUAAUAAUAAUUCGACUGUUGAAAAUAUAAUUCCAGAACCUGAAAUUGUCGUGAUGAAGGAUCAUUUACAACCAGCAAGGGAUAUGAAGGGGGUUACUCGAAAGGCGACAGGAGUGGUUUACGACAUGAAAAUGUUGGAACACUACUGUAUAUGGGACCCACAGUAUCCGGAAAAACCAGAAAGAUUAAGUGCCGUUAUUGACAGAUGUCAACAACUUGGCCUUAUAGACCGUUGUACCCCCAUCUUACCUCGGUAUGCCAGACAGGACGAAGUACUUACGGUCCACACACAAGAUCACUUCGAAAAAUUGAAAUCCAUUUGCGAAACUGAUGAUGUUACCAAAAUGGAAGACUUUGCCUCCAACUAUGAUGCAGUUUAUAUUCACCCAUCCACCUAUCAACUGUCCCUUCUUUCUGUGGGGUGCACUGUCGAUCUGGUGGAUUCUGUAUUGGCUGGAAAGAUUCAGAAUGGGAUGGCCCUCAUAAGACCUCCAGGACAUCAUGCUAUGAAGUCUGAAUAUUGCGGUUACUGUUAUUUCAACAAUGUAGCUAUUGCUGCAAAGAAGGCUUUGGAUUCAGGAAAUGCAUCAAGAGUGCUUAUUGUUGAUUUUGACGUGCAUCAUGGUCAAGCUACGCAGCAAAUGUUUUAUGAUGACAAGAGGGUCCUUUAUUUUUCAACACAUCGCUACGAACAUGGGACUUUUUGGCCAAACUUGAAAGAAUCGGAGUACAACUUUAUUGGAUCUGAAGAUGGGUUAGGAUUUAACUGCAAUGUUCCUUUGAACAAAACUGGUUUAGGGAAUGAAGACUUUUUAACUAUUUGGCAUCGACUACUGUUACCCAUGGCAUAUGAGUUUAAUCCAGACUUGGUAAUUAUUUCUGCGGGGUUCGACUGUGUGUAUGGUUGUUUUGAGGGCGAAAUGGAAUUAACUCCGCAAUGUAUUCCACACCUAUUGUCGCCUUUGUUGGGACUAGCUGAAGGAAAGGUGGCUGUAAUCUUGGAAGGAGGUUAUUGCAUAAAGUCCUUGGCUGAAGGAGCUGCACUUGCUCUUCGUACCCUUCUUGGUGAUCCAUGUCCAAUCAUUCCGAAAAUUCAAAAUCCUUCACCUGUCGUUGCGGAAACAAUACUGAAUUCCACCUACAUGUUGCGACCUUAUUGGAAUAUGCUCAAGACGACACAAUUGACAACAGAAGAAUCUGCCUCCCUUCUUCAAGAAAAGGGGCGUGUUCAUAAACCAGAAAUUAGGUUUGAGUGGGCCGAACCAAAACCGGAUAAAUAUCCUACUCGGGGUUUCUACCCUACCCAAACUCUAGAAUUAAAACGCACCAUUGAUUUGCGACUGGAUAGUUUACGUCUUUCAACUAAUCUGGCCAAAGCAAAGAGUAAAGUUGGAAUUGUGUACGACGAUGUAAUGUUAAGACACCGAAAUUUGCAAGAACUUGGACAUCCCGAAACCCCGGAAAGAAUUUCCAAUAUAUAUGCCAACCAUGCCGAUUACGGAUUGUUGGAACGCUGUGAAAGACUCAAAUCCCGUGAAGUGACGGAGGAAGAACUUCUUUUGAUACAUACAAAAGAACACAUCGAACUUAUGAAAAAGACUCAAAACUUAAAGCAGAAUGAACUGGAAAAAAUGCAGCAGAGAUUUAAUUCUAUUUUCUUAAACAACUCUUCGUACCAGUCCGCCCUUGUUGCCGCCGGAUCAGUUCUUGAAGUCGUGGAUAAUGUUUUACAGGACAAUUGUCAAUCUGGUGUUGCAAUUGUGCGUCCUCCAGGUCACCAUGCAGAGGAAGGGUAUCCUUGUGGCUUCUGUAUCUUCAACAACGUGGCCUUAGCAGCUAAAUAUGCUCUUGAAACUCAUGAUCUUAAACGAAUUCUCAUUGUUGAUUGGGAUGUCCACCACGGAAAUGGGAUUCAACGCAUGUUUGAAUCCGAUCCUCGCGUCCUAUACAUUUCCAUCCAUCGGUACGAUAACGGAUUCUUUUUCCCGUGCUCCCCCGAUGCAAAUUACAACGUCGUUGGCCAAGGGCAAGGGUCUGGGUUCACUGUCAACAUUCCUUGGAAUUGUUCAAAAAUGGGAGACACAGAAUAUUUGGCCGUUUUCACCAACAUAAUUCUCCCCAUUGCAUACGAGUUCAACCCUCAGCUCGUGCUCGUCUCCGCAGGAUUCGACGCAGCUAAAGGAGAUCCUUUGGGUGGAUGCAGCGUCACGCCGGAAGGAUAUGCUCACAUGACUCACCUCCUGCGACCACUUGCAAAUGGGAAAGUUAUCAUUGCUCUGGAAGGUGGUUACAACCUUACAUCGAUCGCCUAUUCCAUGGUGUUAUGCACUAAAGCAUUGCUCGGCGACCCCAUACCCCCACUCACCCUCAACAAGAAAAUUCAUCCCGCAGCGCGUCAAAGUAUAGAAAAUGUACUCAACGUCCAAUCCAAAUUUUGGACUGUGCUGACUCCAUUCAGGAAAUUCCUCACUCAUAAGCGUCGUCUUGUUCCGUUUGGUACAUAUGACGGCGGGAAGAGUUUGGAAGCAACAAUGGAAAACUUGGAGUUGCAAAAUAAUAACCUAACAGCCGACGAGAACGAACUGACGGUGCCUUGCAGCAGUACAGCCUUAUCGGAAUCCUCAUCAACAUCACCGGAUAGAGGAGGAAAUAAUUCAAGUUUUGAGCAAAGUCCAGUAAAACAGUCGCCGGAAACAUUUACAAUGACGUUGCAAUUGGGCAAUGAAGAAGAAGAAGGGGCCUGUGGUGGUGGUUCAAAGCAUAUCGUUGUGAUGUCAAAUUUUGAUGACGCAUCUCCUGCAGCUGUUUACCCAUUGUCUUGGUGUCCACAUGUAGAUCAAGUGCAGAAAGUACUGAAUGAAGGACGUAUCAAUACGUGUGAAAAAUGUGGCGUUUGCGGGCAUGAAGGAGAUAAUUUGGUGUGCCUGGUCUGCUAUAAGGUUUUGUGUGGGCGUUACGUCAACCAACACAUGGUGAUGCAUUCGUCAGAAUGUGGGCACCCAAUUGCACUAAGUUUCGCAGAUUUGUCAAUUUGGUGUUACGCUUGUGAGAGCUAUGUUAGAAAUGAGAAACUUUUUGAAGCCUUCGCUGCCGCACACAAGGACAAAUUCAAUGAAGAACCUCCUGCACGAAGUUUCUCUACUUCUUAAAAGAUUGUAAAUAAUCACAUCACUCACUUUACAACAAAGUACGACGAAAGUUCACUCUUUUACCACUCACAUACCUGCCAUUAAAAUUGAAAUUGACAAUAAUUUGAUCGUUUCAAUAUGACAAAUUGAUUACAAAAUGAAAAUACUACUCACUGCAUACCUAAAUAUGAAUUUUGUGCAGUUUAAAAAAUCGGCUCUAUCGGUACCUGUAAAAUAAACCCCUAUAAUAAUGCAAAACGAUAUAUACUCGGUAAAUAUUGAUUUGUUGAUUCUUAACAAACCUCAGUCAUUUUGUUAGAUAAAUUAUUGAAACUGAUAAGACUAAAAGAAACAUGAGCACUUGAUUAAUGCUGUCUAAUAAAACUAGAUAAUUACGUAUGUCAUUUAAAUAUGACCCGGUUUCCUAAUUUUCUUUUAAAUUUAAUUCAACACAGUUGCACUAUUAAUUUGUAAUUAGGUAACACGUGGUUAAAUGUGCGAUUUUGGUAUAGAUUUUAUUUUAAUUAAUUGCUCACGAAUAAUAUUAAAUACUUAUGUACGUAUGUACGACGAGUAUGACAGCAAUAACAAUAAGCACAGUUAAUUGUUAAUAAUAAUCUAUACAAGUAUAACCUUGUGUAACAACCACGAAAUAUAAUAAAUUGAAAUCAUAAUGGACUUAAUUCUGUA